CUUUUCUACUGUUAUCCUCUUCAAUCUUUAAAUUCAGUUUAUCCUCCAAAUCAUAAAUGGCUAAUACAAAUUCAAAUUCAAUUAAUAACAUAACUUCAAAGGUCCCAAAGAGCUUCAAGGGUAUCGCUGUCUUUGGCUUUGGCUCAAUCGUCCCCAUGCAGCUUUUUUACAAUCAUGUCAAACAACAACAGUUGCAACCUUCCUACAGAAGUCAAUUUCAUUGUCAUCAACAGCAAUUGCAAUUUUCCUCUUUAUCUUCCUCUAAUUUCAACAACAUAAUAUCUAACAGCAAUAACAACAAUAACAACUCACUAAACAAUAUAAACAACAUAAACAACAUCAAUACCAUAAAUAACUUGAGCAAUCACAAUGAUAUUAGUGAAAUCGAGUCUCCGAUAAAUAAAGAUGAUAAACUUUUUUUCUACAAUGAUCUAAAAUCGCUCAACACAAACAAUAGCUCUCAUAAUAACAAUGACAUCAAUGAUUUAAACAACUUUAACAAUCUCCAUAACGGUAGCAUGGAAUACUCUUUAGUAUCUUCUCCAGCCAGAUUAUCCUCCAAGGAUAACAACCUACUUUAUAAUGACUUAAAUUUUAACACCUUACAUCAAUUACCCUCCAACAUCAUAAACACCAAUAAUACCAAUAAUGUCAUCGAUGCUAAUAACUCAAAUCAAAAUGACUUGUUUACUAAUUUGAAUGAAUCCUUAUUCAAUGAGGUUAUUAAAAGAGCGGAAAUUAAACAAUUAGCAUGGGAAGUUAAUGAUAUUAAUUUCUAAUCAAUAAAAAGAGAAAGGGAGAAAAAACAAAAAACAACAUUUUCCUCAAUUAUCUAGUUUAAUUAUUUAUCUCGCUUUACUUUAUAUUUAUAUUUAUGAUCCUAACUUUAAUUAUAUAUCUUACUUUAUACAUUUUUUUUUCCUAUAUACUUGACUAUAUUAUAAUGAUUUUAAUUCAUAUUUAUUCCUAAUUUAUUUCC